UACUUCUCCCCACGUCGCUUACCUUACCUUACCCUCCCUCCCAUUUCCCAACGCCUCCGCACCCCCAACGUCUCUCUCCCCGCUUCGCUUCCACACCACUGUGCGUGUGCCGUCUCCACUGCCUGCUCUAGCGUUCUGCCUCCUACCGAUGCCGCCGGCGCGCGCCGUCCCGAGCCCUAGCCGCAGAUGAGCUCCAGGAACCGCUCCGCUGCCGCCGCCGCCGCCUCCUCCGCCGCAACCCCCGCGGCGCCGUCUCUCAGGACGCCGCGCCGGUUGCGCCGGCGACCGCUCAAGGCCUCGGCUUCGGUCGGCGGCGGGCGGCGGAGCGGGCCCGCGACGCCGCUGCUGAAAUGGGAUGUGGGCGGCGGCGGUGAGGGGAAGGCUGGCGACGAAGCGGGGGCCGCACGGGAGACGAGGGCGCAGGGGGUGUCAGUGCGGAGGCUUGCCGCCGGGGUGUGGCGGCUGCGGCCUCCCGAGGCGGUGGUAGGGGGCGCGGGAGGUGGCGAGAGGAGGGUCCGCGUGGGAGUCGAGCAUAUCCCAAGACAUCUACAAGUCCAGCUCCUUAAACAAAACACUCUGGGUCAUCACCAGAGUCCUAAGAAUGAGGUUUCAAGCCCCAUUUCUGUUUUGGAGCGGAAGAGUGGAGAGCUCCACAAGGUACAGCUUCAUGCUACUUCAGCUGUGCUACCAGUCAUCACCAUGGAGAACGCAACAAAAUGGGAGCCUGAGGGCAUAAAGGGAAUGGAAUCACAUGAUGCCUAUCUUAUAGCAAGUCAACUAAAUCUUCUGGAUGAACAGCAAGACACAACUUAUGUUGCUAACCUCCAGAUGGAGCUCCAGCAAGCACGUGACCGGGUAAGUGAGCUGGAAACUGAGCGGCGGGCAGCUAAGAAGAAGCUUGACCACUUGUUCAAGAAACUCACAGAGGAGAAAGCGGCUUGGAGGAACAGAGAGCAUGCGAAGGUGCGUGCUAUUCUUGAGGAUAUGAAAGCUGAUCUGGACCAUGAGAAGAAAAACAGGAGGCGGCUUGAGAUGAUCAACUUGAAACUCGUCAAUGAGCUGAAGGAGGCCAAGAUGUCAGCGAAUCAGCUGUUGCAAGAGUAUGAGAAAGAGAGAAAGGCGCGUGAGCUCAUUGAGGAGGUGUGCAAUGAGCUCGCAAGAGAGGUGGAGGAAGACAAAGCUCAGAUUGAGGCCUUAAAACAGGACUCCCUGAAGCUGCGAGAGGAGGUAGAUGAGGAGCGGAAGAUGCUGCAGAUGGCUGAGGUGUGGCGUGAAGAACGGGUGCAGAUGAAGCUUAUUGAUGCAAAACUCACUCUCGAUGCCAAAUACACACAAUUGAGCACAUUGCAACAGGAUGUUGAGGCUUUUAUUGCUGCAUGCAGUUGUGCUAAAAGAGAUAUCAUGGUAGUUGAGGAAGCAGAGAACAUAAUACAGGCGAUCAAGUCGGUCAGAGCCCAAGAUACUGAAUUCAGAUAUGACCCACCAGCAGCAUCAGAAGACAUGUUUUCCAUUUUUGAAGAGCUGCGUCCAAGUGAGGAGCCUGUCAUCAAGGAGAUUGAGCCAUGCUACAAGAAUAGCUCUGCCAUAUGUGAAUCAGAAAUCCAAGAGGCUAGCCCAAUGACAGAUAUAUUCCUUGAAAAGAAAGCCCAGGUGUACUCAAAUAAAAGCCCUCAAGAUGAAAGCGACAAUGAAGAUGGCAGUAGCUGGGAGACAAUAAGCCAUGUUGAUAUGCAGGGUUCAAGGGGUUCACCUGACGGAAGCGAACCAUCAGUCAACAAGAUCUAUGAUGGAAGCAUGUCUUGGAAGAGCAGAAAUGAUUUUGUGUAUAGGGAAAACGAGAAGCUAAAGGAUGAGUUGACCGAUGCAUACCUGGCAAACAUGAACCAACCAAAGAAGAAAGAAUCAGCCAUAUCAAAACUCUGGAAGUCAUCCCGACCAAAGAACAGCGAAAUAUGCAAGAAGGAUGCAGUUGAAACAGUAAAUGUGAGAUCAUCAAAUGUAAGGCUCUCAGUCGGGACUUAUUCUACUGUUGAAAGUGGCAUUCAGGAAAUAGGACUCAGUCCACCGAGCGUAGGGCAAUGGAGCUCACCGGGCUCCAUGAACAUUCAAUUCAACCGGGGCUUCAAGGGCUGUAUAGAGUACCCGCGGACGUCCCAGAAACACAGCUUGAAGGCAAAGCUCAUGGAGGCACGGAUGGAGAACCAGAAGGUCCAGCUCCGCCAAGUGCUCAAGCAGAAGAUCUAGAGCUGCCAAGAGGCUGGAACCAAAAGGUGAAACAUUGUAAACCUAGAAUUGAAUCCAAGGAAUAAUCUCAAGAGUACUUAGAUGCUUCAGUUUUCCUGUUUUAGAGUAAUCUGUAACGCAUGCACAAGACUAGAACAAGUGAUAAAGUUGGCCUUUGUGGGCCGGCUGGAGCCUUGCUGCUUCUGUAUCUUACUUUAGUUCUGGAGUUAUGGUUCCAUUUGAUUGGCUUUGGUGAGAUCCAUCAUGAUGUAUAAUAUAGACAUAAACAAGCAGCAAUGUUCAGACAAAUUGUAUCCCCAUGAAUCGAUGUUUCCAUAGUAUUUUUCUU